UCCCGUCUCUAUAAAUAGGGAACCAGGGUUCAGCGGAAGGGCUCAAAAAGAGGACGUGAUCCUUGGAUUUCGUUGGCUCUUGUCGUCUUCCCUAUCCUUCUUCUCUUCGAAGUCUUCCGUGCGUGCGAGCUAUUUAGGGUUCGAGUUUCGAUCUCAUCUACGCGAGGUCGGAUCCUCUUCUCCAGUGAGUUUGAGCGUAGCUUUCUAACUGAAAGUAGAGCUCUGUUCGUUCAAUCUCCUUUGAUUUUCAACAGUCAAGUGUUCAUGUCUGGUCUUGACAUCCAGGUCCCAACUGCUUACGAUCCGUUUGCUGAGGCAAAUGCUGAGGACUCUGGUGCUGGUGCAAAAGAGUAUGUGCAUGUGCGCAUACAGCAGCGCAAUGGCAGGAAGAGUCUGACCACUGUACAAGGAUUGAAAAAGGAAUUUAGCUAUAACAAGAUCUUAAAAGAUCUCAAGAAAGAGUUCUGCUGCAAUGGUACUGUUGUCCAGGACCCGGAGCUGGGACAGGUCAUUCAACUUCAAGGUGACCAGCGAAAGAAUGUGGCCACUUUCCUUGUCCAGGCUGGCAUCGUGAAGAAAGAGCACAUAAAGAUACAUGGUUUCUAAGUAGCUGCAAAUCAAGCAACGAUAGUGUUACUACUUGAGACUGCAGUGGGGCAUAUAUUAUCUUGUUAGCUCCUAUUCAUGCGUGAUAUAAUCUGUCCUGUGAGCCUAUGGGAGCACAUCUUCUGUUGUAUUGUUUCUGUGACCUGAUUUUCAUUAAGAACAUAUGUUAUCUUGAGUUUUUUGUUAUGAAUUGGAGCUUGAUGUUCGCUUGUUUGA